CCUUCUCUGAAGGAUGAAAACACGCAGCAAAGCCGGAUUGGCCGGCUGCUGGUCCGGUCUGCACCUGCCCCAGCGCUCUCUCCAGGGUUGCCAGUGCUCUACCCAAAGCUCGACACCUGCUGGGUUCACCCAAAACCCAGGACCCCAGACUGCUACGCCUGUGCAGAUGGACGCCCGGGCGCCGGAAGUUCCUUGCGGGGACGUGCUGCAGAACGCGUUACCUAAGGUUUAUUUUCAGGCAGAAAAUCUACUUCAGGAGCUUGAAGAACACUUCCGAGCUCUGACAACAACAUUAAACCUCAGAAUGGAAGAAAUGGGAAAUCGCAUCGAGGACCUACAGAAAAAUGUUGAUGACCUAAUGGCUCAAGCUGGAAUCGAGAAUUCAGUCAAAGAACAGAUGACCUGAAGAUGUUAAACGAGCCAUGCGAAAUUGCGAAAAUGAAACCUAUACUGUUUGAGUAAUCUGUGCAGUAUGAAUUUUGAUGUUCGGUUUUUAAUUUUGUUUUUUAGAGACUUGAAAUCAAACCCAGGACCUAAAAUGUAGUAGACAAGUGGCUACCACUGGGCUAUAUGCUAACCCAUUAAAAAACAAUUAAAAAACAAGAGCAAUAAAACAAUAACAUACUUCAGAAAGUGACUAUAUACCAAAGAUGAAACUUGUAAAUAAGGACUAAAUGUUUUUCAAUGCAUAUUUGUAAAUCAUGGAAG